UGUGAGCCUGAGCCAGUUGCUGUAGUCUUGUUAAUCCAGUUUGCCACUGUAGAAAGGUUUUAGCUUCUAGUUUGUCGCGGCCACUCUAAAGGAUUGACACUUAAACUUUUGAUGAUAAUGCUCCAAGAUGAAGUGGAUUCAACUUUUAAUUCCAUGUUUACUGAUGUCAACUAUUAGGUGUGGUUCCCACUCUCUGAAGUUCUUGUCUACAGGACGUGUGCAGCCUGGAGAUCAGCCUUCAUUUGAACAACUAACUGUAUUUGAUGGAGUUCCCAUCUCUUACUGUGACAGCGUGACUAAAAGAGAACAACUCAAACCUACCCUGGAGUCCCAAAAGUUACCUGAACACUGUUAUGAAGCGAGUCUUAACAUCGAAGCGUCUCUAUACGAGAUUCCAAGAUCUAUGAACAGCAACGUCUAUGUUGUGCAGCGGAGGCGGGGCUGCAUCCUCACAGCCAAUGGGAUGUCAGCUUUUGAAGCCUGGGCAGUAGAUGGGACGGACUUCUUAAGCUUUGACCCUGAAUCUCAGAGAUGGACGUCCCAUUCUCCCUCUGCAGCACCAGUGGAACAACGCUGGAACAAGAAUACACUGAUGAAUAACGCCUAUAAACACUUUGUCAGAGUGGUUUGUCCACAGAUGAUCCAGGAAAUUCAGUUAAGAUCCAUACAGCAGCAAACAGAGCUACGUGUUUUUGCCAAGCACAUGGUGGACACAGACCAGGCCCUGCUGAGGUGUCAUGUGACCACUACUGACAAAUCAGUGAGCUCGGUGCAUCUGAUUGGAAACGGGGCUACCAGGGCCAGUUGGAUCAGGGUAACUGGACCCCUGCCCGCUGAAAACGGAUCUGUGAUCCUCCGCCUGACAGCUGACAUCUCCCAGAACCAAAUCCACAACACGUACGGCUGCACGGUACAAACAGGAAGUCACAACAUCACUGUCUUUUGGGACGGGACGACUCUUGACGGCAGAAAUCUUUUUUAUCUCAUGGGUGUCAUUUGGAAACUGCUGACUGUGAUCGCUGGAGUCAUCUGCACUGUGUCUCUAGUCACGAUUGUUUCCUGUGCAUCAAUAUGUCUGCUUAAAUGUGUGAAACCAAAGUCCAGUCCUCCUUCAAGAUGUAAUCCAGAGCUGGCGGCGCAGUUUACCAGUUUCAUGGAGAGCGUUGCUUCUCCAGAUCUGCAGAGUGUUAUUUUUUCAGUCACACAGGGGAGGGAAGGACACAGAGAAUCCCACGACCAGUGGGAGGUGAGGAUCAUGUUAAGGGAUCAAAGUCACUACGAUCCAGAGUUCUUUGCUGAUCAGAUUGACGGAGCACAGCGAUAGUUAAAUGAGGAAUUGAGUACAAAGAGAAAUAUUUCAAAUAUCAACUGUGGUUUUACUGUCAGUCCCUCAGAGGCGCUGUUAUUUUGCACUGAAUCUGUUAAUAAUUCAUCAUUCAUCUACAUGAUAAACACUCAGUAGGCUGAUCAAUAGUAGUAAGAAAACACAGGACCUUCAACCAGGAAACGGUAGUUCUUGUCCCUGAAGUACUAGUUAAGGUUGUUUUAACCUAAACCUUUUUAAUCUGGUCGUUUAAGUGCCUUCACUACGCCGUAAGCUUUUGGUGGAUAACAUAUCAUACUAAUUGUUGUGCAUAUGUUUUGGUACGAUAUCAUACGAACAUGUUGAUAUUAUGUAAUAUAUACAGUGUAUAAAUAUAUAUGUAUAUAUAUA